GUUGCAUGGACCGAGUCGAAUCUGCCCUUUGAAAAUCGCUACGACUACUACUUGGACGCGAGCUUUUACCAACACAGGAUUCACUGGUUCUCCAUCUUCAAUUCUUUCAUGAUGGUCAUAUUCCUUGUCGUGUUGGUAUCUAUGAUCCUCCUGCGCACGCUUCGCAAGGACUAUGCUCGCUAUAAUCGAGAAGAUAACCUUGAAGAUCUGGAACGAGAGCUAGGAGACGAAUACGGAUGGAAGCAGGUGCACGGAGACGUGUUUCGUAGCCCCACAGGCACUCUCUACUUCGCCAGUCUCAUCGGCAAUGGAGUGCACAUCACAGUAGUUUCCCUCAUGGUUGCCCUGCUAGCUCUCAUCGGCAAAAUGUACACGGAGAGGGGCGGUGUCCUCUCUACCAUCAUCUUUGUUUAUGCGCUCUUCUCCCCUGUCAAUGGAUUCACUGGAGGGCGUACCUACUUGCAUUUGGGUGGUAAGAACUGGAUCCGCCAGCUCUUCGUGGGCAGCCUUUUGAUGCCCACUUUAGUAGUCAUCAUCGCUUUGGGGAUAAACACCUUAGCUCUUUUCUAUCAGACCUCCCGUGUUCUUCCGUUCAUCACCAUGCUUGCUGUAUUUGCAAUCAUCGUCUUUGUCAUUUUGCCACUGAACCUUGUGGGUACCGUGCUCGGUCGCAACAUUGGCAGGUCGGCGAGUACAGGAAUGGCCAAUCCGUGUCGAGUCAACUCUGUUCCCCGUCCUAUUCCUUCUUCCAAGUGGUUCACCAAGCCUUUGAUAAUCUCGUUCAUCGGCGGUGUACUGCCUUUCGGUUCAAUCUUUAUUGAAAUGUACUUUAUUUUCACAUCAUUCUGGGCCUACAAGGUGUACUACGUGUACGGUUUCACUCUCCUCGUCGUAUUUAUCCUCAUUGUUGUGACUGGCUGUUCCACCGUCGUGUGCACCUACUUCCUCCUCAAUGCCGAAGAUUACCGCUGGCAAUGGAUAAGUUUCUUCUCUGGCGCCUCUACUGCUGUCUACGUGUACAUCUAUUCCAUUUAUUACUUCCUUUUCAAAACAAAAAUGUUUGGACUAUUUCAGACUGCCUUUUACUUCAGUUAUAUGGCCUUCUUUUGCUUCUCCCUGGGUUGCAUGUGUGGCGCCAUUGGAUACCUCUCGGCAAAUCGGUUUGUGCGGACCAUCUACUCGACUGUCAAAAUUGAAUAG